ACCCGCACGGCCCCGCAGCCCACCGUGAAACCAGAGAGGUCCAGUCGGUUCGGUUCUGUUGGGUUUGGCGUCUCGUCACCAUGCAGCCCGGGUUCCUCCUGUGCGUAACAGUCCUGUUCUCCUGCUGGCUGCUGUCCGAUGCGCGGACCGUGGUCCGGCGCUUCGCCCCCAGCUGUCCGGAGCCCUGCGACCGGUCCCGGUGCCCGCAGAUCCCCGCGGACUGCCUGGCCGGGGACGUUCUGGACCGCUGCGGCUGCUGCCCGGUGUGCGCGUCCGGAGAGGGCGAGCCGUGCGGCGGCGCCGGGCUGCAGGACUGCGCCGAGGGGAUGGAGUGCGUCCUGAGCGGSGGCGGCGGCGGCCCGGAGGCGUCCGCCACCGUCAGGAGGAGGGCCAAGGCCGGCGUGUGCGCGUGCAGCAGCUCGGAGCCGGUCUGCGGCAGCGACGGGGUCUCCUACCGGAACAUCUGCGAGCUGAAGCGGGUCAGUAACCGGGCCACGAAGCUGCAGCAGCCGCCCGUCCUCUUCAUCCAGAGAGGAGCCUGCGGCAAAGGUCAGCAGAACCCCGACAGUCUUCGAUACAAGUAUAACUUCAUCGCUGAUGUGGUGGAGAAAAUCGCUCCUGCUGUUGUUCAUAUCGAACUCUUCCGCAAGAUGGUGUUUUCUAAACGGGAGGUGGCCGUGGCCAGUGGUUCUGGGUUUGUUGUCUCUGAGGAUGGACUGAUCGUUACCAACGCUCACGUGGUCGCCAACAAACACAGAGUGAAGGUGGAGCUGAAGAGCGGCGCCACGUUUGAUGCUAAGAUCAAAGAUAUCGACGAGAAGGCUGACAUCGCUCUGAUCAAGAUCGACGUACCGAUGAAGCUGCCGGUCCUGCUGCUCGGUCGCUCUGCAGACCUGCGCCCCGGAGAGUUCGUAGUGGCCAUCGGCAGCCCCUUCUCCCUGCAGAACACCGUCACCACGGGCAUCGUCAGCACCACCCAGAGGGGGGGCAAGGAGCUGGGGCUCCGGAACUCCGACAUGGACUACAUCCAGACGGAUGCCAUCAUUAACUACGGCAACUCAGGAGGACCAUUAGUCAAUCUGGACGGGGAGGUGAUCGGCAUCAACACUCUGAAGGUCACCGCAGGAAUCUCCUUCGCCAUCCCGUCAGACAAGAUCCGACAGUUCCUGGCCGAGUCACAUGACCGGCAGGCCAAAGGUAAAACUUCUCUAAAGAAGAAAUACAUCGGUGUCAGAAUGAUGAGCCUCACUCCAACGCUGGCGAAGGAGCUGAAGGAGCGGCAGGCGGAUUUCCCUGACGUCACCUCGGGAGCGUACGUCAUCGAGGUCAUCAGCCGGACUCCAGCUGAGGCAGCCGGGCUGAAGGAGGGCGACGUCAUCAUCAGCAUCAACAGCGAAGCCGUCGCCUCGGCCAGCGACGUCAGCGCCGCCAUAAAGCGCGACGACAAGCUGCGAACCCUGGUCAGGCGAGGCAACGAGGAYGUCAUCCUCACCGUCGUCCCCGAGGAGAUCGACCCUUGACCUCUCAGCGGCCGAAGAGGUCGACCAAUCACAAACUGGCUCUCGUUACUUCUCAACCAAUCAGGAACAUUUCGAAGUUGGAGGUGGAGCCACUCCUGGAGCUUGUAAUUAUCUUCCUUUCUCAGUUCCUCACAGACUCUGAGGUUUGUUACUGUCGUCGUGUUUAUUCCUCUUUAAUCUGUAUUUACCCGCUGACAUCACUUCCUGUAUAAUCCCUGACAGAGAGGCUCUUUGUUUCUCAAAGCAUUUUUAUCUCUUAGUGUUUCAGGACAAUGCUGCCAAAAAUGGGAAUAAAUUGUUUUUUUUUUUAA